GUCGCAGUCAGUCAAAUGUUGAUUUGAGUCUCUCACAAGUAUUCGGUCGACGCGAUGGAACGGCGUGGGUCUCAUCUAUUUUUUGCCAUUCUCAUCGUGGCAGCUAUAAAUCUAUUACGUUCGGUAGAAUGCGAAGAAAACAAAAGGAUAAUCAUAUACGUUCCGAGUCGCGUGAAAACCAUCCACCACCAUCAUCACCAUGUGGUACUUAUGGACCCCCAGACAAAGACGGUUAAGCACGCCAAGCCGCACUCGGACAAGCAGAUGGUCGAGGCCUAUCAUAAAACUGUUGCAAACAGUCAACGGGAAUACCAGCGCCAGCAGCACUACACGCCAAUCGCCGUCAACCCUUACUCUUAUACGGAGCAGCGAAAAACAAUAAAACACAAGAGACACGAUCCCACCAACAGCAACAACGUCAUGGUUUAUCCUCCACCAAGACAAUUGCCUGUCUUACAGGUUCCCCCGUACGCUUGGCCAAACAGAAAUAGGAGGUCUAAAGUUAUCGCUAGAUUACACUUUGAAGAUCGAUAAGGUCAUUUCGUUUUGUGUAUAAUACAUUUUGUGUUCUUUUUUUUAUAAACC